AUGCCAUUUUGCCACAAACCACAGUCUCUGGUGCCGGCCAAUGCGAUUCAAGUCACCGUUGAUAUCGUUGUGGAGAUCAGUGAAAGCAAUACAUCGUCCAACUCUUACGACAUGGCACGUCCAACGACACCUCCAAUUCCAGUACCAUCCAUGACUACGAUUGUGGCCAGCUCGUCACAGCACAUUUCGGCUCCUGUCGGCGAGCAGCUGCCAUCUGGCGAUGCGUUUGCUCAAGCGGCAUUACUCUCGAUCGUCCAAAGCGAGCGGCUAGGGUUCUAUCCAACGUUCAGCGUUUCGGACCUACCGCCACUAAUCCCUGUGUUCACUGCCGAAGAAGCUGUCAGCCAGAUCCGGAGGAGCAUGGAAGAACUUGCAUGUCUUGGCCAACGACUGACAAAGUCCGAGAAACUGGAGUUCCACGCGGAAGUUGCUCCUGCAGAGGAUAUUGAGCUAUCUCAAAGUGUGUCACAUUGGGUGUUCAGUCUUGCAACACUCCAGCAAGUGGAUUUUUCGCUAUAUCACAUUCUGCGUGAUUCUUUGUAUCCUCACACCCCAAGACAUAUCUUCCUACGCUGGAAUGCCUUUCGAAGUCAUCUCAACGCGACUGGACAUAUGCUUGCGAACGUGGUACGGCAGGCAGAGGAGCUACCUCAGCGGAAGUGGUCGCCGCUACUCUGGGAAUUCUACUUCCUUCUUCUUGAUCACAACAAUGCUUUGGCUGAAGACGCUUCGUUUGAUCGCACAAACCCUGACAGCAUUGGAUGCCAAUUGAGUGCUUAUUGCAUUGCUCUUCGUAUCAGGUUCUAUCUCUGGCGCAUGUCGCAAAAGAAUCCUAUGUGCAGUUUGCGGACUUACAGGAGGCGAGUGCAGGCGGAAAAGUUUCGCGACUACCUGAAAGAGCUUCUCGCCAUCUUGGCUCAGGAAUUCAACCGCCAGCAAGACCCUGCACUGGGGCACCUCCCCAGUGUUCAACGUACUAUUGUUGGCAGACCAGUCGACGUCGCUUCUAUCACCGAGCCGCUAUCAGGAGCCACCUACGAAUUUUGCAGCAUCUGUCAGGAUGAACACGCAGCAGUUGCAUGCGUUAAGUCCCUCGAAUGUAAUUGUGUUUUUGGUCGAGACUGCCUAGAGCCAUUGCUCAAUCGCGACACCCCUUUCAGUAGCACCUGUCCAAACUGCAGAGCACACUUCCACAAACCGUUGAAAUGGAAGUCCAUUCAGACGACUAGCGACCGAGAGCUGCAAGUCGUCUCCCUUUGGUCACUAAGAUACAAUAUGGCGUCGCUCAAACGCGAGAUCAUGGCUGACCCUGAGCCUUUCGUCGCACGCCAGCGUCUUGUGGACUGGGCGAGCCGCCUCAUCCAUGGACGCUGA